CGAGAUUUGGUUUCAGGAAGUUCCACGUCAGUGUCUAGUACCCUUUCACUGAAAUCGCAACAUUUGGACCCCGACUGCAACAUAUUUAUCAUCUUAUUGCUACAACACGGGGAUAAAACAUGCCUCUGAGGCUGGACAUUAAGCGGAGGCUGACAGCCAGGUCAGACAGAGUAAAGAGUGUGGACCUUCACCCAACGGAGCCAUGGAUGCUGGCCAGCCUGUACAACGGCAGCGUCUGUGUGUGGAACCAUGAAACACAGACGCUUGUCAAGACUUUUGAAGUGUGCGACCUCCCUGUCAGAGCUUCUAAGUUUGUGGCAAGGAAGAACUGGGUCAUCACAGGAGCGGAUGACAUGCAGAUCCGUGUGUUCAACUACAACACCUUGGAGCGGGUCCACAUGUUUGAGGCCCACUCUGACUACAUCCGUUGCAUCGCUGUGCACCCAACCCAGCCCUAUAUCCUCACCAGCAGUGAUGAUAUGUUGAUCAAGCUAUGGGACUGGGAGAAGAAAUGGUCGUGCAGCCAGGUGUUUGAGGGCCACACUCACUACGUCAUGCAGAUUGUCAUCAACCCCAAGGAUAACAAUCAGUUUGCCAGUGCCUCCCUGGACAGGACAAUUAAGGUUUGGCAGCUAGGCUCUUCAUCUCCCAAUUUCACUUUGGAGGGCCACGAGAAAGGAGUCAAUUGUAUUGACUACUACAGUGGAGGAGACAAGCCCUAUCUCAUCUCAGGGGCUGAUGACCGCCAAGUCAAGAUCUGGGACUACCAGAACAAGACCUGUGUUCAGACUCUGGAGGGCCACGCCCAGAAUGUCUCCUGUGUCAGCUUCCACCCAGAGCUGCCCAUCAUCAUCACUGGAUCAGAGGAUGGUACGGUGCGUAUCUGGCACUCAAGCACUUACCGUCUGGAGAGUACACUGAACUACGGCAUGGAGAGAGUGUGGUGUGUGUGUGGCCUCAGGGGCUCCAACAAUGUGGCACUGGGCUACGACGAAGGCAGCAUCAUUAUAAAGGUGGGUCGUGAGGAGCCAGCCAUGUCUAUGGACACUAAUGGCAAAAUCAUCUGGGCCAAACACAGUGAAAUACAGCAGGCCAACUUGAAGGCCAUGGGUGAUGCUGAAAUCAAGGAUGGAGAACGGCUCCCACUGGCUGUCAAAGACAUGGGCAGCUGUGAGAUUUACCCCCAAACCAUCCAGCACAACCCUAAUGGAAGGUUCGUCGUAGUGUGCGGAGAUGGAGAGUAUAUCAUCUACACUGCCAUGGCUUUGAGGAACAAGAGCUUUGGUUCAGCGCAGGAGUUUGUCUGGGCACAUGAUUCUUCUGAAUAUGCCAUCAGAGAAAGCAACAGUGUCGUCAAAAUCUUCAAAAAUUUCAAAGAAAAGAAAUCUUUUAAGCCUGACUUUGGAGCUGAAGGGAUUUAUGGAGGCUUCUUGCUUGGGGUGAGAUCAGUAAAUGGCCUGGCAUUUUAUGACUGGGAGAACACAGAGCUGAUCCGCCGCAUUGAGAUCCAGCCCAAACAUAUCUUCUGGUCAGACUCUGGUGAGCUGGUCUGCAUUGCUACAGAGGAGUCCUUCUUCAUUCUGCGUUACCUGGCAGAUAAAGUAGCAGCCUCCCAAGAGAACAAUGAAGGAGUGACAGAGGAUGGUAUUGAAGAUGCCUUCGAGGUCCAGGGAGAGAUCCAGGAGAUUGUGAAGACUGGACUCUGGGUAGGAGACUGCUUCAUCUACACCAGCUCUGUGAACAGACUAAACUACUAUGUGGGAGGAGAGAUCGUCACUAUUGCUCAUCUGGACAGGACCAUGUACCUGUUGGGUUACAUACCCAAAGACGACCGUCUCUACCUGGGAGACAAGGAGCUCAACAUUGUCAGUUACUCGCUGCUGGUUUCCGUCCUGGAGUACCAGACUGCUGUAAUGAGGAGAGAUUUUGGAAUGGCUGACAAGGUGCUGCCCACAAUUCCUAAAGAGCAACGCACCAGGGUGGCCCAUUUCCUGGAGAAACAGGGUUUCAAGCAGCAGGCACUGGCAGUGUCCACUGACCCAGAGCACAGGUUUGAGCUGGCCUUGCAGCUGGGAGAGUUGAAGAUCGCCUAUCAGCUGGCUGUGGAGGCAGAGUCGGAACAGAAGUGGAAGCAGCUAGCUGAGCUGGCUAUCAGCAAGUGCCAGUUUGGCCUGGCCCAGGAGUGCCUGCACCACGCCCAGGAUUAUGGUGGCCUGCUCCUUCUUGCCACAGCCUCCGGUAACGCCACUAUGGUGGGCAAGCUGGCUGAGGGGGCAGAGAGGGACGGAAAGAACAAUGUGGCCUUCAUGACGUACUUCCUGCAGGGGAAACUGGAUCAGUGUUUGGAGCUUCUGAUCAGGACCAACCGACUACCUGAAGCUGCCUUCCUGGCUCGCACCUACCUUCCCAGCCAGGUGUCUCGUGUGGUCAAAUUGUGGAGGGAGAACCUGGCUAAGGUCAACCAGAAGGCGGCUGAAUCGUUAGCAGACCCUACAGAGUAUGAGAAUCUGUUCCCUGGGCUGAAAGAAGCCUUUGCAGCUGAAUAUUAUCUGAGAGAGACCUGCUUGGGCAACUCCAGGCCUGCUAAAGAUUAUCCUCUUGUCACUCCCAAUGAAGACAGGAAUAUUCUUGAGGAGGCUCAAGGAUACGAGUCCAAUGGAACCUUCAUUCCCCCUGUUUCAAAGACACAGGAUGCUGAGGAGUCCACCUCAGUGGCUGCAGCUCCUGUUGCAGCAGCAGCAGAACCACCUGUGAUGCCUUCACAACCUGAACCUGCUGCUCCUACAGCAGUGGACGAAAAGGAGGAGGAGGAGGAGGAAAUCCCUGAGUUUUCACAAAAAGAUAAGUCUCUGGACGAGCUGGAAGUGGACCUGGACAACAUGGAGCUGGAUGACAUCGACACCACAGACGUUAACCUUGACGAUGACUUCUUAGAUGAUUGAGACCUGCUACCACUCUGCUCCCCAGCACUCUUUAGAGCUUAUUUAAAACAGAGAGACCAAACCCCCUUUCCCCCGUUUUUUUGUAUUUGUAUGUAAAAAUAUUAUAUUGGCAUGUCCACCUACCACAGUGACAGGAUAAAAGUUGAUGAUUAUGACGAUAAUGAUGAUGAUAUCAGUGAUGUUUUAUUCUCAGAUGAAAAGUAGACAGAUGAUGUCUAUUUCUGACUCUCCAUUUUGUACACCUUUCACUAACUGUCCAUUGAGAGAUGUUAUAUUGACUCUUUGCUUCGCUGCCAAUGUUUUUAGAUGGGAAAUCAAAAUUCAUUCAGUCCAAUAAACUGCGGUUGCUGUACAUAUUCA